AUGCCGACUGUCGGCGUGAAGCGAGAUCUGCUUUUCCAAGCCUUGGGAAGGAGCUACAGUAAGGAAAAGCUUUGGGGACUUGUAGUGAGCUUGUCUUUCGGUCAGAAGAGGUGGGAACGAGCUGAUGAAGAAUUUGAUGAACUGUGUUUUGAAUUUGGUUUGGAACUUGAUGAAAUUACUUCCGAGAAGGACAUAAUAAGCAAAGAAAAAGGUGAUGAAAAAGCAGAAGGUGCAUCAGAAACUAUUCUGUAUAAAAUUGAUGUUCCUGCUAAUCGAUAUGAUCUCCUUUGUUUGGAAGGCCUAGUCAGAGGUCUUCAGAUUUUUAAAGAGAGAAUAAGGGCUCCACGAUAUAAAAAAAUCACACCACCCAAUGGUGAAAUUCAAAGACUUACCAUUAAUGAAGAGACUGCCCAAAUCCGUCCUUAUGCAGUGGCUGCAGUUCUUCGUAAUAUAACUUUUGUCAAAGACCGCUAUGAUAGUUUCAUUGACCUACAGGAAAAAUUGCAUCAAAAUAUAUGCAGGAAGAGAUCAUUAGUUGCAAUUGGUACCCAUGAUCUAGAUACAAUCUCUGGCCCAUUUAUAUAUACAGCUAAACCACCACCUGAAAUUAAAUUCAAACCAUUGAAUCAGGAUAAAGAAUACAGUGCUCCUGAGAUCAUGGAAAUGUACAGGACGGAUAGCCAUCUUAGACAUUAUCUACAUAUUAUUGAAAAUGAAUCACUUUAUCCAGUUAUCUAUGAUAGCAAUGGUGUUGUCCUCUCAAUGCCACCAAUAAUUAAUGGAGAACAUUCAAAAAUUAGCCUCAAUACUAGAAAUGUAUUCAUUGAGUGUACAGCCACAGAUCUUACCAAGGCAAAAAAUGUACUCGAUAUCCUGGUUACAAUGUUUAGUGAAUAUUGCAAUAAGCCAUUCACGGUUGAAGCAGUAGAAGUAACUUAUCCUAAUGGAAAAAGCUACAUCUUUCCAGAGCUGCCCUAUCGUCGUGAAAAGAUAAAACCUGAAAUAAUUAAUAAGAAGAUAGGAAUUAGUGAGACACCAUCAAGCCUUGCAAAGCUGCUUACUAGAAUGUGUUUGAAGUCACACGUCAUAGGGAAUGGGAACAAUAUAGAGGUUGAAAUCCCACCUACGAGAGCUGAUAUUAUCCAUGCAUGUGAUAUCAUAGAAGAUGCAGCAAUAGCUUAUGGCUAUAAUAACAUUCAGAUGACAAUUCCAAAAACGUACACCAUAGCUAAUCAAUUUCCUCUCAAUAAACUCACAGAACUUCUGAGGCAAGAUUUGGCUGCUGCAGGAUUUACUGAAGCCCUCACUUUUGCUCUGUGUUCCCAAGAAGACAUCGCUAGUAAAUUGGGGGUUGAUAUUGCUGCAACAAAAGCUGUACAUAUAGCCAAUCCCAAAACAGCUGAAUUUCAGGUAGCACGGACUACACUGUUGCCUGGACUCUUGAAAACUGUUACAGCUAAUAAAAAGAUGCCUUUACCUCUGAAACUCUUUGAAAUUUCUGAUAUUGUAGUGAAAGAUUCCACCAAGGAUGUAGGUGCAAAAAACCAUAGGCAUCUUUGUGCUAUCUAUUAUAACAGAAACCCUGGGUUUGAGAUAAUUCAUGGAUUGCUGGAUAGAAUCAUGCAGCUCCUGGAAGUCCCUCCAAGUAAAGAGAAUGGAUAUUAUAUUAAAGCAGCUGAAGACUCUGCUUUCUUCCCUGGUCGUUGUGCUGAGAUCUUUGCCAAAGGACAGAGCAUUGGGAACUUGGGAGUUCUUCAUCCUGAUGUUGUCACCAAAUUUGAGCUCACCAUGCCCUGUUCUGCUCUAGAAAUCACAAUUGAGCCUUUCCAGUAAGAAGAACGUCGUUCUUUGGUUCAACUUCAUUCUCUAUUUUAUUUUGUCUUGUUACUGCCUAGCAGUUCUCUGAACGUCAAAGUAUUAGACCAAUGUUACAUUAGGCUUUAUUAGGAUUUAAUAUCUUAUUACUGUAAUAAGAAAAGUUUUGUUAAUCAGUUAAAAAUUCUUUUUAAUAGUUAAGGACAUCAAUCUUUUUAAAAAACAAGGCAAAAUAUCAUAAAUAUGUAUUGGCUAAAUAUUUCUUUGUUUCCUCAGGUAGUUUAGUGAUUGAAAUGUAGACUGUUAACUUAUUGCAACUACACAAAUAGAGUGAUAAUUUAUAAAAACAAAUGUGAACUAAAUUGAGAGGUUAAAUUUUUCCUGAUUAUAAACAUACAUGUUUCUUGUAAACUGAAACAAGCUUGUUUUUCCCUCCAUGGUAACUACACCAUAAAUUUUUAUUCUAUUAAAAAGGGGAUCAAAAUAAAUUUGCCUACUCACUUACCCUUAGUUGUAGUAGAUACAAUUGCAAGCAGCUGUAUGUUAAGAGUAAAUACCCAUUGACACUGCUUUUUCCUAUACUAGAAAUAGAAUAGGGAAGCUUUGUCAUUUGUAUGUAGUUGCAAAUCCCUAAAGAUAUUUUUGUCUUCUAGACAUGAUGGUGUUUUCUUGCAGAUUUUCAUAUUGAGUAAAUAAGUCUUUUGAUGAAAAAAAUCCCAACUAAUGAUCUUAGGUGAACCCCCUUUUUGGAUUAGUUGUGGUGAUAUGAUGAGAUUACAGGGAAUUGAAGCAAAAUUUUGGACACUAGUGAUUUAUGCUGAAAAUCUCACUUAAGUAAAUUCCCAAUAAAUACCUUUAACCAGGGGUGCUAUUCAGCAGGUUCUGACAGGUUCUGGAGAACCAGUAAUGGAAAUUUUGAGUAGUUCGGAGAACCGGCAAAUGCCACCUCUAGAGUGGGAUGGGAAUGGAGAUUUUGCAAUAGCCUUCCCCCAGGAGUGGGGAGGGAAUGGGGAUUUUGCAAUAUCCUUCCCCUGCCACGCCCACAAAGCCACACCACGCCCACAAAGCCACACCCACAGAACCGGUGGUAAAAAAAUUUGAAUUCCUCCACUGCCUUUAACACAUAGACCGCUUGGAUGGAGUGAUCAAGUUAAUGGAGGCAAGGCUAUAGAAUUUGUAUGCCUGCUUUAAAUUUUAAUCACGAGCCCAUUACCUAGUGUCCAUAUCUAGUUCUGUAUGUUUACAGACAGUCUUAUUUAACAUUUUAAUUCAGAGUCUACAUGAACUAAAAAUGUAAGCAGAAAAUAUUGUAUUUGUUUGCACUUCCUUGUUAAGAGCAUUUGACAUUUAUACUUUGAAAUAACCUCUUGCUAUAUAGUACACUAAAGAUACAGAUAUAUGACAUAUGUUUUAAUUUAAAAAAAUAUAGAAACACAAUUUGAAUGUAGCAAUUGAUGGUUCAAAAAAUCAAAAAAAUUGAUUUUUUCAGAUUAUGUAUUUAGCAUUGUACGGUAAAAUGAUACAAAAAUAGAAAUUGUAUACUUUAUAAAUAUGAACAUAUACAUGCAAUCUUGUUGAACAGCAAAAGCGAGGUGCUCUUCAUAAAAACAGUUAUGUAAACAAAUCCAAAGCUGUUGGGAAGACAACAUACAUUUUGAAAUCUAUUUUAAAUAGAAUUGCCCUACUUAAUUCAAUAAUGCAUUGGUCAUUACAAUAAAACCAUCAUUUAGCAUA